UUCAGUGCCCACCUACUUCCGUUCUCUCUCCUCCUCCCCCACCCCUUUUCUUUCUUUGUUUUUCUAGCAAUGGCGCGGUGGCUUGACGCCGAGAAACUACUCUGCGUCUCUCUCGCCAAGCUAGAGGCCGUCGAGAGGCCGCAUCGGCAGCUGGAUUGGCACCGGUACCUUCUUAUCAACAUAAUGAUACGAAAGACAGAGGCGGCAAUGCAAGAAGGUCGCAACCCUCCCGCAUACGCCUUUCAGUGUGGGAAUCCAGAGAAUGACCGCGACGAACCGCAGCGACCAUGUUCCGCUCAGCCUAACGACGACGCCAUUGUCGACAUCGGCCGGCAAGAAGAAGGUGGACGGGUGGAACACUACUCGCAAGUGCUUAUGGCCGAAGGCGCGAGCGAAGGAGGCAAGGCGCGGGUUUCCGAUUCUGGCCCGCUCGCAGAUGACGCACCCAGGGUCACCGAUUCCGGAGCCACCGUCGCGUCCCGCGACGUUCCCGGAAGCGUUGACCGGGCUUCGCUGUGCGACAUUGACAUGCUCGACGGUGACUCGACAACUGCAAAAGCUGGUACAACCAGUUCGGCUUUAACUGCAGACGAGGGCUUGCGCCCUAAACGAGACGAAGCGACAAACGCUUUUCGCAGCCCUGGUGCACCCACCGCCGGAGGACCGGAACUUGGCGCCGGCACUUCGUCAGAGAAUGUUCUAGAAAACGUCCACCGGGCCUCGCUGAACAGCGCUGAUGCCCUGGAGCGCCUCGAAUACAAGGACUUAAUGCCGUUUGAGGUGGAGCGAGAGCGCUCGACGUCGCGUGACAGGUGUGAGGGUGCGAGUCAUGGAGAAUACAGCCUGAAACAUGCUCCUGGUGUUGAGCGAAGUCCGUUCGUCAGAGCCCAAGGGCCUGCCGCUUCCGUCUACGACGUGCCGCAAAGCAUCGGUUGGGAUUCACUGAAAAGCGGUGAAGAUGCGGCGCACUUAGACAACGAAGGGUUGUCUCUGGUAGAUGCGCUGUCGACGAUCUCGUCACGCGACGUGGGCGAUGGGUUGAUCCUUCGCAAACACCCCGUGGAAAGCACGUCAGGCAGUGGCGAUAACGGCGCCGACAGAUCCAGAAACUUAGGUGCUGGAGCGAAGAAUUUGCCUCUGAAUCUGCCAAGCAAAGGCGACCCUUCUCGGAACAGUUCAGCGAUGCUGGAACGCUCAGGUCAUGACGAAUCUUGCCCACUCGAAGACAGCUCGGAGGAAACGCUACCUGGCGGUGGCGACUAUCGGAGCCCAAACGAUCAAGACAGCUUCCAGGACCGCCAGUGGCCCUCCUGAACAGCCAAUGCGGUGCUUAAAGGAACUCCAGGAUCGGUCACUCGGCAUCAAGAGGCCCCGCUCACAGCAGAAUUUAGCGGAGACACAAGUCGGGAAACGCCACAGGUGUUCGUCGGAAAGUGCCUUGCUUCAGAAGGGCUCACUGGACGUUAAAAGAGACUUUGCUAUAUCGGGACCUGUUGAAUCUUCCGAGUCCAUCGACAUCGAAGUCAGAGUUGUCGAGGGCGAGGGGGAGCCGCAGUUUUCUGUUGGAGGUGACGCAGCUGUGGCCGGCGAUGCCCCCCAAGUUGAAGAAGCGCCGCUUCCCGACCUCUUCGAUUUCAGCGUUCUCAGAGAUGUCAUCGUCAGCGUGGGUGAGCUGCCCAUGACGUGUAACCUUCUGGAAGCCUAUCACCAGGAUUCGAAUUAACCUUUUCUUCGACGAAAAGCAUUUGAGGAGCCUCUUUUUGCGAUCCUCCCACACGCUUUUACGGCGUUUUAAACCUGGCAGAAAUAAAGAUUUCGUCACCAAGCGGUGAAUUUUCCU